AUGCUCGUUGCUUUAGCCGCUGCGCCUUCAGCCCUCGCCCAUACCGUCUUCACCAACUUUUUCAUCGACGGAGUCUCCCAGGGUGAUGGAGUCGCCAUUCGCAUGAACACCAAUUUGGUGGAAGCCUCUAACCCCAUCGCCAGCUUGGAGAGCAAUGACUUGGCUUGCAACGUUGGCGGUAGCAAGGGUGUCUCUCGCGUUGCACCUAUCCAGGACGGAUCCACUUUGACAUUUGAGAUUCGUGCCUGGCCCGAUGAUGCUUCCAAGGAGCGCCUCGACCGUGGCCACAAGGGCCCAUGUGCUGUUUACCUGAAGAAGGUAGACUCCGCAAUCAACGACCAAGGUACGUGCCACGGUGAUGGUUGGUUCAAGAUUUUCGAUCACGGAUAUGACAAGGAUGCGGAUGCCUGGUGUACCGACAAGAUCAUCGACAACGACGGAAAACUUUCAGUCGUUCUUCCCAAGGGUCUCGAGAGUGGAUACUACUUGGCCCGACCUGAGAUUCUCGCUCUUCACAAGGCUCUCGAAAACGAUCCUCAGUUCUACACGGGCUGUGCUCAGCUCUUCCUCGAGGGCGGCGGUAACCUUGGUCCCGCAGAGACCGUCAGCAUUCCCGGAUACGUCAAGUAUGGACAGGAGAGCACCAACUGGAACAUCUACUAUGGCACCAAGCCCGAGGACUACCCACUCCCAGGACCUCAGAUCGCCAAGCUUGUGUCAAAGUCUGCAUCUGCAAAUGCUGGCGAGACUAGUCAGACCGAGGGUCUCAAGCCCGCUGGAUGCAUCGUCGAGAACGCCAACUGGUGUGGAAAGGAAGUCCCCGACUACUCUGACGAGAAGGGCUGCUGGGCAUCUACCGAGAACUGCUGGGACCAGGCCGAUGUCUGCUUCAAGUCUGCUGGUCCUACUGGCCACAAGGGCUGCACGACCAUGCAGGAGAAGUGCCAGGCCCAGAGCGACCUCUGCAAAUCCGGAGACUUCAACGGCCCUAAGAACAAGGGCAAGGUCCUCACCCCCAAGCCCGCCGCCGUCGACGUUGGUGAGCUUCUGGCGACUGAGGGUGGCGGUGCUCCCGUCGUCGACACCCCUAAGACAGAGGCCACCCAGCCCAAGCCUACUUCUGCUGCUGCUCCCGCUAAGACUUCAGCUUUCGAAACUGUCGCGGCACCUUCGAAGACCCCGGUUGCCGAUGUUGAGAAGCCUGUGCCUGAGGCUGAGUACCCGACCGUCACCUCGAAGCCCACUGUCAAGGUCCCUGCCUCUGAGGCCGGCCCCGCCCCCACUGCUCCAGUUUGCCCUGAGGGAUACAAGUGUGUCACCGUUUACGAGACUGUCGUCAAGACGGAGGUCGUGUACUCUACUGUCUACAACGACUACCGGAGGAGGAGCGUCCAGAACAGGCGUCGCGUUUGA